AUGCCAAAGCCUCUCGCGCCAGGCCCGGUCGCCCUCCCGCUCGUGGGCGCCCUCCCACAGAUCGGGCUCGGCAUGCUCGCGCCCGGCGUCGCCGAGCAGCCGCACCGGCGCCUCGCUGCACUGUCGCAAACGUAUGGCGACGUGAUGACGGUCAACUUUGGGCGGGAGCCCUGGCUGGUCCUCUCCUCGCCCGAAGCUGUUCACGAGGCAUUUGUGACCAAGGGCGGCGAUUUCGCCGGCCGGCCUCAGGUGGCGUCCAUGUCGCUCUCCGCGGGAAGCGGCAGGGCCGGCUUUGGCCGACCGCUGCCGGACGCGGGGCUUCGCGAGCUGCGCAGGGCCGCGUACUCAACGCUCUUCUCGGACGAGGCGGUCGCCGCCAAGCAGUCCGAACUCGAGGCGGAGGCGCACCUGCUCUCCGACCAUCUCCUCGCCACGAGCGGGACAGGCGAGCCUCUCCGGCCGUCGCUGCGCCGGUGCGUCGGGAACAUGGUGCUGCGCUUCGCCUUCUCGUCUCGCGUCCCGCUCGGUGUGCCGUCCGACAACGCCGCACGCGAGCCGCUGAGGCGGCUCGUCGGCCAGAGAGACGCCGUGCUCCGGCAAGUCAUCGCCGACCGGCGGGCGCAGCGGCGAGGGAGCGCCAGCGUCGCAGCCGCGUCGCCAGCGUCAGACAUGCUCGACGUGCUCCUCGCCUCCGACCUGCCCGAGGCAGAUGUGCUCUACGCGCUCGUCGAUUUGUUCGUCGCGGGCGUCAGCACGGUCUCGACAACGCUCGAGUGGCUCCUCCUCCUCACCGCGAGCCAGCCGCUCGUCCAAGAGCGGGCUCGCUCCGACGCCCUCUGCGCCGGGUCGGGGUACGUGGGCGCGCUCACAAAGGAGGUGCUCCGCGCUAAGCCGCCGCUCUUAUUGCCACGCACGGCGACCGUGGAGACGAGCUUGCGCGGGUUCCGCGUGCCGAGGGGGUGUGUCGUCUACGUCAACAACUGGGCGCUCGCCCACUCGGAGGCGCACUGGCACGAGCCCUCUGCGUUUCGGCCGGAGCGGUGGCUGAGAGAGGAGCGCGGCGCGGCGCGCGGCGCGGCGUCGUGCAAGUUCAUCCCCUUCUCGGUCGGCCAGCGGGCGUGCCCUGGCGUGCGGCUCGCCGAGGCGGAGCUGGAGGCGGCCUCACGCGUGCUGCUGCGCUCGCUGCGCUGGCGGCGGGCGGGGCGCCUCCCCGUCGACCUCGGCGAGGAGUACGGGCUCACGCUGGCGCCGGCCCUGAAACAGAGCCUUCGCUUCUCGCGGGUCGCGGGGGAGGCGGCCGGCGGCGGCGGCAGCGGACGGCGCGCGAGGGCCGCCGCGCCGACGAUGAAGGUGGGCCGUGGCGGCGAGAGCGACGGGCGGCCUCGCCGCGCCACACGUCGGCAGCAGAUCGCUAGUGUGGAGGAGGCGGGCGCGGUGGCGGGCGAGCGGCUGGCUGAAGCGGGCAGCGAUCGGCGCGGCGGCUGGCGGGCGAGCAAGGCGAAGGGGAACCGACGCAACCGGCGCUACGAGAAUCGGCUGCUACGAGGGGCGGUGGGGGAGUGGACGGGCGGCGAGCCAGAUGAUGAUGCAGAUAGCUCUUAGCUUUGGCGCGCAACACCCAUCGGGCAAAUGUUUGUAUUAUUACUAUUCGACGGGG